CUGGGAGGGGCAACCAGAUGGGAAGUGGGUCACGGACAGAAGGAAGCCCGUGCCCUGGGCUCAGCACCCAGGAAGAAGAUCCAGGAAAUGUGAGCAGCCGGAGCCCCGGCUCUGUAGGCAAGUCAGGAGGUAAAGUAGGCAGUGCCCUUAGAGCUUUCGAUUCCUGCUUUUGAACUUGGUAGGGGCUUGCUUGUGAAGCCUCCUUCUGAACUGAAAGAGUUGAGAUCGAUACAAAGUCUCUCACAUAAAACAGCCACCUUGGAACUGAGGCUGUGGAAAUUCAGAUUGUCUUGUAUAAAUGUGAGGAAAGUCCCAAGGUUCCGACGUGGAGCAUUUCAGAACUCCUCAGGUUUAGGAAGGUAGUAUGUAUCCUGUGUAUAGUUGGAAGUACCCUGUAAUCAGAUACAUCUAUUGGUAAUUAAAUGAGUAGGUAUCCUCACUGUGGGAUAAGUUUUUACAUGGCCCAUCAGUUCACGUCAGGUGUUGCUCCAGAUAAGUUUACAUAAAUCAUGUUUUGCUGUCAUGAUUUGGGAAGGAAACACGGGUUUUCAUUGUUUUUUGGAAUUACAACUAUAGCACAAAAGGGGUUGUGGGCAGAGCUGUGGAGCCAGAUAGUUCUGUAGUCUUUUAAAUAUUUCAUCUAAGUUAUUUAAAUUAAAAAGGGGGGUAGGAAACUACUGGGCCGACCCACAGUGUGGGAGACAACGGUCCAAUGGGUCUUAGGAGAUGUUCCCAUGUCCUCCUGCUGUGGCUUCGUGUGCUCUCGCUCCCUCCUGCCAGAAUGGAUGUACAGGAGGGUUUGCGUUCGUGUAUGAAGCUCAGGAUCUGGGAAGUGGCAGAGAGUAUGCAUUGAAGAGACUGCUGUCCAACGAGGAGGAGAGGAACAGAGCCAUCAUCCAGGAAGUGUGCUUCAUGAAAAGGCUUUCUGGUCACCCCAACAUUGUCCAGUUCUGCUCUGCGGCGUCCGUAGGCAGGGAGGAGUCGGACACGGGGCAGGCCGAGUUCCUGUUGCUUACCGAGCUCUGCAGAGGGCAGCUGGUGGAGUUUCUGAAGAAAAGUGAGACCAAAGGGCCGCUGUCGUGUGACACUGUCCUAAAGAUUUUCUACCAGACAUGCAGAGCCGUGCAGCACAUGCACAAACAGAAGCCGCCUAUCAUCCACAGGGACCUCAAGGUUGAAAACUUGUUGCUGAGUAACCAGGGGACCAUUAAGCUGUGUGACUUUGGCAGCGCCACGACCAUCUCGCAUGUCCCAGACUAUAGCUGGAGUGCCCAACGACGAGCCCUGGUAGAGGAAGAGAUCACCAGGAACACAACGCCCAUGUACAGGACGCCAGAAAUCGUGGAUCUAUACUCGAACUUCCCCAUUGGCGAGAAGCAGGACAUCUGGGCGCUGGGCUGCAUCUUGUACCUGCUGUGCUUCGGGCAGCACCCUUUCGAAGACGGAGCAAAACUUCGGAUAGUGAAUGGGAAGUACUCCAUCCCUGCUGACGACAAUCGGUACUCCGUGUUCCACGGCCUCAUCCGCGCUACACUGAAGGUCAACCCAGAGGAGCGUCUGUCCAUCACCGAGCUGGUGAACCAGUUGCAGGAGAUCGCAGCUGCCAGGAAUGUGAACCCCAAGUCGCCCAUCACUGAGCUCCUGGAGCAGAAUGGAGGCUAUGGGAACACUGCCGCACCCCGAGGGCCACUGCCUCCUGGGGGGUCCACGAGCAGUGGCUACAGCGGAGGCCUGGCAGUUGCUGAGUACGACCAGCCUUACGGCGGGCUUCUGGACAUCCUGCGGGGGGGCACCGGGCGUCUGCUCACCAACCUCAAGGACACCUCCUCCAAGGUCAUCCAGUCUGUUGCCAAUUACGCAAAAGGAGACUUGGACAUAUCCUACAUCACAUCCAGAAUUGCAGUGAUGUCAUUCCCGGCAGAAGGUGUGGAGUCGGCCAUCAAAAACAACAUAGAAGACGUGCGAUUGUUUCUGGACUCCAAGCACCCGGGACACUAUGCGGUCUACAACCUGUCCUCGAGAACGUACCGGCCCUCCAAGUUUCACAACCGGGUUUCCGAGUGCUGUUGGGCGGCCCGGCGGGCCCCGAGCCUGCGUAGUCUGUAUAGCGUCUGCAGGGACAUGCACUGGUGGCUGCGGCAGGACCACAAGAAUGUCUGUGUGCUGCACUGCAUGGAUGGGAGAGCCGCGUCCGCCGUGGCUGUCUGCUCCUUUCUGUGCUUCUGCCGGCUCUUCAGCACCGCCGAGGCCGCCGUGUACAUGUUCAGCAUGAAGCGCUGCCCACCAGGCAUUUGGCCAUCCCACAAAAGGUACAUCGAGUACAUGUGUGACAUGGUGGCAGAGGAGCCCAUCAUGCCCCACAGCAAGCCGAUCCUGGUGCGGGCUGUUGUCAUGACGCCUGUGCCACUGUUCAACAAGCAGAGGAGUGGCUGCAGACCCUUCUGUGAGGUGUAUGUGGGGGAUGAGCGCGUGGCCACCACGUCCCAGGAGUACGACAAAAUGAAGGACUUUAAAAUUGAGGACGGCAAAGCGGUCAUUCCCCUGGGCACAACCGUCCAAGGGGACGUGCUCAUUGUGAUCUACCACGCAAGAUCCACCCUGGGAGGAAGACUGCAGGCCAAGAUGGCAUCCAUGAAGAUGUUCCAGGUCCAGUUCCACACAGGAUUUGUGCCUCGGAAUGCGACCACUGUGAAGUUUGCCAAGUAUGACCUGGACGCCUGUGACAUUCAGGAGAAAUACCCAGACUUGUUCCAAGUGAACCUGGACGUGGAGGUGGAGCCCCGAGACAGGCCCAGCCGGGAGGCCCCACCCUGGGAGAGCACGAGCAUGCGAGGGCUGAACCCCAAAAUCCUCUUUUCCAGCCGUGAGGAGCAGCAGGACAUCCUGUCUAAAUUUGCAGGGAAGCCCGAGCUCCCCCGGCAGCCAGGCUCCACUGCUCAGUACGACGCUGAGAUGGGAUCUCUUGACACUGAGCCCACAGAGUCAGAAUCACCCCAGAGCAGCAGCACUGAUACCAACCACUUCCUGCACACGCUGGACUGGCAGGAGGAGAAAGACUCGGAGAUGGGCCCAGAAAGUAACAUUGCCCAGGAGACUCCCUCUGCCCCCGCUGAGGACGCAUGUGAGAGCGAGCCGUCGGAUGAGUGCGCGGCAACCCUCUCUGCUGAGAGCAGGGACACGGCCGACGAAGACACGCCAGGCCUGGCAGCGAAGGCGCAAGAGCAAGAGUUGAUUUUUGAUGCAAACACGCCCACCACGCCACAGGAACCCAUGCGGCCCGAGGAUGGCGUUGACCUCCUGGGGCUGCACUCUGAGGCGGGGCCGGCACCCCCCUCACAGGGCCCCGUGGGCCCCCCCAGCAACGCUGACCUCCUCAGCUGCCUCCUGGGAGCCCCUGAGGCUGCUCCCGAGGGUCCCCCAGGCGAUCUCCUCAGUGGGGAGACUCCCCUGCUCUUCACAAGCCCUGCCCCUACAACAAGCACGCCUGCUGUGUCCGCCCACCCGUUUGACCCUCUCCUGCUGACAUCCCAUCCAGACGCCCAGCCCUGCCCCAAGCCCAACCUCUUUGGUGAAUUUGUUAAUUCGGACUCUCUGACUGCCCAGUCUGCAACCUUCCCCUCCACCCACAGCGCCCCACCCCCGGCCUGCAGCACCGACUUCCUACAGCUGGGGGAUGUGCCAGCAGAGCCCAGCAAGAUGACAGCUUCAGCCAGCCACCCAGACCUGCUGGGAGGAUGGGAUGCCUGGGCUGAGGCACCAGCCCCCACACCGGCCACAGAAGGCCCCUUCUUCUCUCCUGGAGGCCCACCGGCCCCGCCUGGCCCCCCGGCCAGCCGGACCAAGUCUCAGAACCUGGACCCGUUUGCAGACCUCGGUGACCUCGGUUCCAGCCUCCAAGGCUCGCCCGGUGGAUUUUCUCCUGGGGGCUUUGUUCCCAAAACAGCCCCCCCUCCCAAGGGUGGCAGCUCCUGGCAGACGAGUCGGCCCCCAGGCCAGGGCGCCCCGUGGGCCUCCCAGACCAAGCCAUCCCCCAAAACCUGUGCACAGCCAAGGCCUAGCUAUGCCGCGAACUUCAGCGUGAUUGGUGGGCGAGAGGAGCGGGGUGUCCGCGUCCCCAGCUUUGGUCAAAAGCUGCGGGUGUCUGAGAACCAUUUUGAAGACCUGCUGCCCAACCAAGGCUUCUCCUCCAAGGCUGGCAAGAAGGGACCGAGGACCAUCGCCGAGAUGAGGAGGCAGGACCAGGCAAGGGACACGGACCCGCUGAAGCUGAAGCUCCUGGACUGGACCGAGGGCAAGGAGAGGAAUAUCCGUGCCCUGCUGUCCACGCUCCACACCGUGCUCUGGGAUGGCGAGAGCCGCUGGACACCAGUGGGCAUGGCCGACCUGGUGACACCCGAACAGGUGAAGAAGCAGUAUCGACGGGCUGUGCUGGUGGUCCACCCCGACAAGGCCACAGGGCGGCCCCACGAGCAGCAGGCCAGGCUGAUCUUCAUGGAGCUGAGCGACGCCUGGUCUGAGUUUGAGAGCCAGGGCGCCCGGCCCCUCUUCUGAGCCCUUGAGGUCGCAGCUGUGCAUGGACCACGAGUGGCCCCGCUGGACCGAGAGAGCCUCCUCCAGGGCCUCGGCAGCGUGGGCUCACACAGCUGCACCCUGAUGCCCGCCUGCCACCCUGGGAGGAUCCGGAGCCCAUGCUGCCCGGCGAGGAGACAGCAUUCCAGAGCCGCCUGGUUUUUUUCCUUUUUUCUUUCCCAAAGGAAAGUGUCGAUUCACAUUCCUCCCACAGUUGUCACAGUUUGUGAUUUGUUUUGUUCAGUGGCCAUCCCCUGGAGAGCGCGUCCCCUCUCAGGUGGAGUGCGCUACCCCGUCCUCUCCUGAUCCCGCUCACGAACGUCCGUGUCCCAGGUGUGAUCAGCCUGGGGGCCUCCUGUACAUAAUUAAACUAUUUUCUGAUGA